AACGGCGGUGCCGCGCGUUUACACCCGCCGGUCGAACGCUUGCACCGUUGUUUACCGUACCGCGAGCGGCAAUAAAAACCAUCCGCCGGCCACUGUUGCGACCCGUUUCGGGGUGAACAAGGGUGCGGCAACGACUGACGAACGAUCCCGCAGGACGGGGCCACCCCGCACGCACACGAUCCCGCGGUACCGUACCGCCGGGUCAGCACCCGGACGCGGCAUAGCAAACGGCCGCACCGCCAAUGUGACGACGCUCUGUGUGUAGCGAACCAGCCAGCGAAGCGCCAGGCAGUGGCGACAGCCGAACAGCAGCAGCCUGGUUGGUCGACAUCGUGCCCGAUUGGUGGCCAAUAGGAGAGCGAAUCAUUGCGCGCAUCGGUUUCUAUUGGUACUGCCUGCCCACCGUGCGAUACGAACGAACACCUUCCGCAGGGGUUGGAGGGGUGAGGGCAAGAGGGAAAGAAAACCCAGCGACCAAAGGGCACGGCGAGCGGCGUGUGUGCAAGCGGUGCGAAGAGCUGUGUUGUGGUUUGUGUUUUUUUUGCGUUGGUGCGUGCUGCUUUUCUUCGUGUGUGUGUGUGAUUGUGUGCGCGUCCACUGGCCGCUGGUUGUUUCCGGGUGAGCAGGGGGACGGGGCGGCGGUGCGCCCGCAGUAGUGCCCGAGCGACAACAGUGAACAACAUAAUGGCAAAUGUAAACAAGAAGCGCCCAGCCGGGAAUGCUCGGGCAGCAGGGUGAGAGUGGCACGGGCACCCGACUCGUCGUGAGAGUACCUUCUUCCCAUCCUCCCUUCUGCCAGGAGCCUGGCCAGAGUGGGGAGCAGGGGUGGUGAGAUUGGUGGGAGACGCAAUCAACUUGUGAGCCAGGACACUUACUUCCGGGGUGGUUUUUUUUCCCGCGAGCCACAAUCAAGCCAGUGGCUAAAAAGGUAGCUCCGUUUCUGCCUGUACACAAACACAAUCAAACACAAACAAACACAAACACACACGGUCAGUGAUAUAUUAAUUGUUUCUUGUUCGCGUAAUUCGGGCCCGCCAACAAUAAUAGCCAGCGACGUUCGGGCGUCCAGCGUGCACGAGUGAUCCCCUUCCCCCUCCACCCCCUUCCACCCGCUCUCGCGGGUCAGGAAACGGUUGUGCGGGUGGGGUUGUAGCAGGGUGAUGAGGUGUGCUGCACCAUGCUCGGCGCACGAUAGCAGCAUUACCACCCAGCCGCAACAACACGCAGAAGAGGAAGAAGAAGAAGAAGGGGAGGAAGAGGAGGACGAUCGUCCUUGCCACCACGCACCCACCGCAUCAACCGGUGACCAUGGAGACGCCAAAGAAAUCGGUGGCCGCUGCGGCCUCGUCGUCGUCCACUGCAGCGCCACCGGGCAGCAGAUCGGGCACGUCGACGAGCAGCAGCAGCAAUAGCAACACGGCAACCACCACCACCACCGCCACGACAACGACCAUCAACAGCGCGCUGGCGGCCACAGCGGCGGCACCGUGCGGCAAGGAGGCCCCGACCGAGGCCCAGCGCAACAUCCAGCGGUUCUGGCCGGGCGUGAUGCGCGAGGUCCAGCAGAUCGAGUACGUCGAGUCGGGCAACCAGCUGCUGCCGCUCGCCCGCAUCAAGAAGAUCAUGAAGCUGGACGAGGAGGUGAAGAUGAUCUCGUCCGACGCGCCACUACUCUUCGCCAAAGCGAUCGAAAUCUUCAUCCAGGAGCUGACGCUCCGGGCCUGGCUGCACACCGAGCACAACAAGCGGCGGACGCUGCAGCGGAGCGACAUCGCGAUGGCGAUCACCAAGUACGAUCAGUUCGACUUUCUGAUCGACAUCGUGCCGCGGGACGAGAUCAAGGGCAGCUGGAAGGUGUUUGACGGUCCGGGGCAGGAUGAGUGUGCAGCUGGUAGUGCCGGCGGCUCGGCUAGCACCGGGGGCGGUGAAGCGGUGGCUUCCGCGUCCACCGCGGCCACGAGCGAGGGAGCGCCGGGCGGUACGAACGGGACGGCGGACGACAUGCAGUACAUCAUGCAGCUGGCCCAGCAGCACCGGCUGGUACUCCCCGGCACGGACAAGGGCUCCAGCACCGCCACCACCAACACCACCAGCACCACCGCCGCCACCACCUCCUCCCUGACGAACGGGGCGACGACCGUGCUGGACCUCGCGACGGUAAUGACCGGCACGCAGCAGCUGCAUCAGCUAUCGACGGUGGCGGCGGCAACCAAGCCGGCGAAAGGGGUCGUCGCGGGGACGGAGCAGGAGACGGCGGGCGCCACGCUACUGCCCUCACCAGCCCAGCCCACGAUACAGACUGCGACCGGACAGAGCCUCAUCCUGGCGAACGGGGGCACUGGGGCGCCGGGUGGCAUUGCGAACGGUAGCGGCCAGCUCGUGCCCGCCAGCCAAUCGGUCCAGCUGCUGCAGCACGUCAUGACGCCGACGGGCGAAAUCACGCAGAUACCGAUUUCGAUACCACAGAACCAGCUGAACUUUCUGCGCACGGCCGGUCCCAGCGGAGCACCGAACAGUGGCCAGCCGUUCUUCAUCCAGACGGCACCAAUGCAGAGCGGGCCCACGAUCAUACACACCGGCCCGACCAGCGUCUUUCUCAGCGCCAAUCAGCUUCAGCAACUGCAACAGCAGCAACAGCAACAGCAGCAACAGCAACAGCAAAACAAUCACAAUCAACCACAGCAGCAGCAGCAGCAGCUGCAAAGCAACCAUCAACACCAAAGGGAUUAAACGCUUUGACCGUGUACGGCGAUUGUAGAUUGUAGAUAAAGCGCGUACCGCAAGCGUUAACUGUAGUGAUGGGUAAGAUUGGCACUCCGAUAGUUUCGGAAUCGGACUUUCGGAAAAGGAUGGGACUCCGAUAGUUUCGGAAUCGAUUCCGGAAGAUAGGUGAACUGUGAAGCGUCCCGAACACCGUUAGUAGUACUUUAAGUUUGUGAAUCCCCCUUUUAGAGAGGACGACAGAGAAGGAAAGAGAGAGAGAGAGAGAGAGAGAGAGAGAGAGAGAGAGAGAGAGAGAGAGAGAGGGAGUAGCAUAAGUACAAUUGUGCAGAGAACGGCUCAGCUGAGGGGUUGUUUUGUAGAAAAGUUUAUCCCCUUUUUGGUUUCAGUUGAGCUGAUAUUAACUUGAUUGCGACAUUAAAUUGUUCCACACACACACAGACAUACACUCCCAGCAGUAGGGAAAGUAAUGCAUUUGUUGCCUAUGUACGACCUUUCACCGUACGCUGGGGCAGGAUUGUAUUUUAGAUGUCCCUUUGAGGCCCUGGUGCUGGCCAGUAGCUAGUAGUAUACUGUCAUUCCGUCGUCUCAGACACACACACAAUUUUGUGACCCGGUCUGACGUCCUGCAAAAACUUAAAACAAAAACAAAAAAACGAAAAUAGUGUACAGCACAGUGUAAUCCCGUUGUGCAGAAUCGUGAUAUUGCAUGGGUUACAGGGAAAACACAUCUAAUAAACCACACACACACAGUGUAUUGUGACUGUGUGUGUGUGGUUUUGUUUUCUAUCUCAAAGCUAGGACAAAGUAAAAGAGUUACACAAACACUGAAGAACAAAUCAUUGUAAGGAAAUUAGGUAUGCACUCUAGACAAGUCCCAGGCGUCCUUGAAUUUUGGAACUCUAUUUUCUAUCAUUUUUUUUUUAAAUUUCUUUGUUUGUGCACCUUUAAACCCAUUACGAAUGCAUUGAAAUAGAAGUUUAGGCCCCAGACGUUGGCCACCAGACGAA